GUUACCUUUGAGUUUAGUUUAUUUUCCCUGCAGAGUGAAGGAGCUCCCCGGAAGGGUCAAUUGAAAAUGCCUAAGCAAAUUCAUGAGAUCAAGGACUUUCUUCUCACUGCUAGAAGGAAAGAUGCGCGCUCGGUAAAAAUCAAGAAAAGCAAAGAUGCUGUCAAGUUCAAGGUCCGCUGCUCGAAAUACCUGUACACCCUCUGUGUGUCCGAUGCCGAGAAGGCUGACAAAUUGAAGCAGUCUCUUCCACCAGGUUUGAGCGUUCAGGACCUGUGAAAAUUACAACUUCCCUAAGCUUCUCAGUUCAAUUAACGGGAGAUGAAAACUAGAUUUUGACUUGUAGUUUACUGCUUGCAUUUCGUUUUGCAAUAAUCAAAAGCUUUUGUAAUGAAAUAUUUGUUCGGUGUUUUUAUGGACGUUAGUAUUAUUAAUCGGACCCUUUGUUUUAA